AUGCGUGGGACCAAAAUUUCUCAUUGUCCGCUUGACCCGCAGGAGAUGUUCAUUCACAGAUUUCGGCGUCACAAACGACCAUCGUUGCCUCCCAGUUCCUCGGCAUCUAUUCCUGGAACGUCUACUAGACCGACCUUCUCGAAGCCGGGUCUGGAGAAACAAUUUGCGUUCAAUUCGUCGGUGUCACCUGUGUUGACCCCGACGCUGGAUCUGCUCAAGGAGGAAGAAACCAAGGAUAGCCUCAGAAAAGCCAUCACCCUACUGACGCAGCGAAACGAGCAGUUGGUGGUAGCUGAUACCGAUCCCGAGGUUUUCGACUUCUGCGAGAAGCAGAGCAAGGCGGACGCAAUGCAACUGACUAACCCAAUACUCGCGGCGUUCAUUAGGGAGAAGAAGAAGAAAGAAGAAAAGAAGCCGGUGGUGGCUCGAGGAUCGGUGUGG